AGAAGAAGAAGACAAACCGGAAGUACGUACAACCUGACGACAUCGCUGCCAUUUUGACAACGGGAAGAGCAGGGAGUCGGGAUACUGCGUGUUGGUUUUCAGCGGUCUUAUUUACACGUACUAAUAUUUCACCAUGGCUAUGCAAGCAGCGAAACGCGCUAAUAUACGAUUGCCUCCUGAGGUGAACCGCAUCCUUUACGUCAGGAACCUUCCGUACAAGAUCACAGCUGAGGAAAUGUACGACAUCUUCGGGAAAUACGGACCAAUCCGCCAAAUCAGAACAGGGAACACACCUGAAUCAAGAGGAACGGCGUAUGUGGUUUAUGAAGACAUCUUUGACGCCAAGAAUGCCUGCGACCAUCUGUCAGGCUUCAAUGUCUGCAACCGUUACCUGGUGGUCCUCUACUACAAUGCAAACAGAGCUUUCCAGAAGAUGGACACAAAGAAGAAAGAGGAACAGCUGAAGCUUCUAAAAGAGAAAUACGGCAUCAACACAGACCCUCCAAAGUAGCUUCCAUGCCCCUUUGUCCUCCUAUCUGUACAAACCCCCAUGUUCCUUGGUUUAUGCUGGUAGUCAUUUUACUGAUACCGUUGUUAAAAUGGUCUUUUUUAUAUGAUUGUUUCAUCAAAAUUCGGUCCGUUUGAGUCUCAAAUCUGGUUGGUUGACAAACUUCACAAAGGACAUCGUUCACCAGGACGUAGAUGUGUCUGGCCAUAGUAUUCAUCCUCGGUAAGAUGUUUUUUUUCACUCUUUUUGUUACUCUUUUCACGUGCAUCCCAUCUUUAAAUUUGAAGCUAACCAUGUGCAAGCAAUGUGCAACAUGAAAUUGAGUUGAUCAGUGACGACUAUGUAAAGUAUAUGGUUUCUGUAAAAUAAAUGCCCCUAUUCUUAAA